AUGACCAACCAUGGUGGGCGAGAACAGCCCGCGGAUGAUGGCUCGAACGAGGGCGAACAUCAAGAGAACGGUACAGCCUACCAUGACCCAAGCUUAAGUAACACGAACAAUUACGAAAAUGGCCAAGGGGAAAACGCAGCUAACGGCCCGUCCCCACACGUAGAUAACAAUGGCAUGAUCAGAGGCCCAAUGCCAAGUGCAGGAAUCCCUCCACUACCCAAUAAUAUGAACCUCUUUAGUAACCUCCAGGGUCCCCCCAACAACCUAUAUUACAACAUGGCACAGUAUGACAUGAACCCUCGUUUGAUCGGGCUUCCGGAAAAGGGGAAACACGGCCCCACUGCACCAGGGCCCCCAGGGCCCCCACCGGCAGGACCAGGAGCAAUGGGGGACAGCUUUCUGCAGGGCAAGACUGCAUUUCCUCCAGGCAUGUCGAACUUGCCACCCAACAUGAUGAACAUGCCACCGCUCAUGAGCAGCCUCCCCCCAAACAUGGCUAACCUGCCGCCCAACAUGGCCAACAUGCCCCCGAACAUGAACUACCUUCCACCUAACAUGAACCCCCUCAUGCCAAACAUGAUGAGUAUGCCCCCACCUCCCUUCAUGAUGAAAAUGAAAAAUCAAAUGAAUGGCGCUGAACCGGGGAUGAAUGGUAUGCCGUAUUACUUCCUCCCCAGUAGGGCACACAUGGGCAGCUAUGCACAAACAGGAAUGGACGACAUGACAGAUGGGUUCAGAAACAAUCUAAACCACAUGCCCCCACCAAUGUACCAUAACGAAACCGGAGGACCAGAAGAUUAUUAUCCCCACUACAAUGAUGAGGAGGACUACAUGCGAGGGGGCAGGAGACACAACGUAGAAGAUAUGCACGAUGAAUACAUAUCACGGAGCGAACGAAGGAAAAGGAGAAGAAGGAGGAGACAUCAUGACGAAGAAAGCUAUUAUGCUAAAAUGAAAUAUAACCAAGUGGAAGAAAUAACAGAAAAACCAGUCGAGCAGGAGGUCGUCAUUCCAGAGCCAACUGAAUUUAAUGUAGUAAAAGAAAAGGCACGAAAAUGGAAAAUGAUAAAUAGUAAAAAAUAUUCCAAAAAAAAAAAAUUUGGAGUCAUGGAAGAAAAAGAAGAAAUGCCAUGUGAACAUCUUAGAAAAAUUGUUAAAGAACAUGGAGACAUGAGUAAUAAAAAGUACAGAUAUGAUAAGAGAGUAUAUUUGGGUGCCUUGAAAUAUGUGCCUCAUGCUGUUUUUAAGCUGUUAGAGAAUAUACCCAUGCCUUGGGAACAAAUUAAAAACACAAAAGUCAUUUAUCACAUCACUGGGGCGAUAACUUUCGUGAAUGAAAUUUUCGUAGUCAUAGAUCCUCUAUACAUUGCUCAGUGGGGAACCAUGUGGAUUAUGAUGAGAAGGGAAAAAAGAGAUCGGAAGCAUUUCAAAAGGAUGAGAUUCCCCCCUUUUGAUGAUGAAGAACCUCCCCUCGAUUACGCAGAUAAUAUUUUAGAUAUAGAACCGUUAGAAUGUAUACAAAUGAAGUUAGACAAAGAUGAGGACAAAAGUGUUAUUGACUGGUUUUACGAUUCUAAACCUCUGCUAUAUAAUCGGAACCACAUUUUAGGAACUAGCUAUAAAAAGUAUAAAUUGAGUUUGGAACAAAUGGGGGUCCUUUACAGAUUAGGAAAUCAACUCUUUAGUGAUUUCCAGGACGAUAAUUAUUUCUACUUAUUCAAUCUGAAAUCCUUCUACACUGCCAAGGCGUUAAAUAUGGCCAUUCCAGGUGGACCAAAAUUCGAACCUUUGUAUAGGGACAUAUACGAAGAUGAUGAAGACUGGAAUGAAUUUAAUGAUAUUAAUAAAAUUAUUAUACGCCAACAAAUUAGAACGGAAUAUAAAAUUGCCUUCCCUUAUUUGUAUAAUAAUAGACCCAGAAAAAUUGCUGUUAGUAAAUACCAUUCCCCUAUGUGUGUCUACAUCAAAUUGGAAGACAUUGAUCUCCCCCCUUUCUACUUCGACCUCAUCAUCAACCCUAUUCCAUCUUACAAGAUUAGAAAUUUUGAAAAUCCAGAGAAGGACAAAAAACAUUUGGAUGAUUUCUGUCUCAUUUUUACAAGAAAGGAGAUACACUAUCAGAAGGUACAUUCCCAGGGAAGAAAAAGAAGUAGCAAUUCUAGUCACUCUAAAAAUCGCCACAAGGAACAUUCCACGGAUGACCACGAAAGUGAAUAUAGUAGUGAUGCAAGCGCUGCUAGUAGUGGGCGAGAAGGAAGGACAGCCAAUUCCAGACGCAGAAGUGGUAAGGUUAACAAAAAUGGAAGGGAUAAGUACUCGAGAGAACGAAGAAACAAGCGAGGGGAUAAACAUUACUCCAGGAGGGACAAAAAAGGGGAUUAUCACUCCAGCCAUGAUGAGACCCUCUCAGAUGAUUACAAGGAUGAUCGUAACCAGGAGGACAGCGACAGGAGAACAUACAAGAAUGGUGGUGGUAAAAGUAGAGGCGGAAGGGCUAGCGAGAAAAGCAGCCAACAUCACCGCAGCAGCGAUGAUAAUAGCGACACCAACAUCUGCAGCAGCAAAUAUAGGGACGAACAUGAGGUGGACAAUAGUACCAUAGAAAAUUACUCUGGGGAUAACAGCUCCAGGACGGGCUACCCCAGGAGCGGCAAGAAGAGGAGGAACCCCUACGAUGAGGAUGGGGAUGCGGAUGGGGAAGAGGAUGAAGAUGAUAACCGCGAGAAUGACGAGGGCACGGAGGAGGAUAACCGCGGGUCGAAGCAACCCGAAACAAAACGGGAAGAAGCCACAACUUCGAACAAGCUCAAAAUAGUAGUCAAAAAUGUGCAGUACGGAAUGCUGCCCCUGCUGCACGAGUACCCCCUCUAUACGGAAAAAACCAUCAAUGGAAUUCAACUCUACCAUGCUCCCUACCCAUUUAACAAAAAGUGCGGAUACACAAGGAGAGGAAUAGAUAUACCCCUCGUGCAGUCCUGGUUCAAAGAACACAUAUCGAACAAGUACCCAGUCAAGGUCAGGGUGUCCUACCAGAAGCUCCUCAAAUGUUGGGUCCUAAAUCAUCUCCACUCCAAGAGACCAAAAAGUAUGAAGAAAAAAUAUUUAUUCAGAAUAUUUAAAAGUACGAAAUUUUUCCAAUGCACAGAAAUGGAUUGGGUGGAAGUAGGUCUGCAGGUAUGCAGACAAGGAUACAACAUGCUCAAUUUACUAAUCCAUAGGAAGAAUUUGAAUUACCUUCAUCUUGAUUACAAUUUCAAUUUGAAGCCAGUCAAAACGUUAACCACAAAGGAGAGGAAGAAGUCUCGUUUUGGUAACGCCUUCCACUUAUGCAGAGAAAUCUUAAGAUUAACUAAAUCGAUAGUAGAUUCACAUGUGCAAUAUAGGCUUGGAAAUAUUGAUGCGUACCAAUUGGCAGAUGGCAUACAAUAUAUAUUUGCCCACGUGGGUCAACUGACAGGAAUGUACAGAUACAAAUACAGACUUAUGAGACAAGUAAGGAUGUGUAAAGAUUUGAAGCAUUUAAUUUAUUAUAGGUUUAAUACAGGCUCCGUGGGAAAAGGUCCUGGUUGUGGAUUGUGGGCACCUUUGUGGAGAGUGUGGAUUUUCUUCCUCAGAGGGGUUAUACCCUUACUAGAAAGAUGGCUCAGCAAUUUACUGGCGAGACAAUUCGAGGGAAGAGUCUCCAAAGGGAUUGCCAAAACGGUUACCAAGCAAAGGGUGGAAAGCCACUUUGAUUUAGAACUCAGAGCAGCUGUCAUGCAUGAUAUAAUCGAUAUGAUACCUGCUGGACUCAAAAAUAAUAAAGGGAAGGCUAGACUCAUUUUGCAACAUCUUAGUGAAGCAUGGAGAUGUUGGAAAGCUAACAUACCUUGGAAGGUUGUCGGGUUGCCUCUCCCAGUAGAAAAUAUGAUCAUUCGAUAUAUUAAGCUAAAGGCAGAUUGGUGGAUUAAUGCUACUUAUUAUAACAGGGAGAGGAUUAAGAGAGGGGCCACUGUGGAUAAAACGGUGUGUAAAAAAAAUCUAGGUAGAUUAACCAGACUCUGGUUGAAGGCUGAACAGGAAAGGCAACAUGAAUAUUUAAAGGAUGGUCCAUACGUGACUGGAGAAGAAGCCGUCGCACUUUACACCACGGCAAUUCACUGGUUCGAGUCGCGUAAAUUUACACACAUUCCUUUUCCUCCACUCAAUUAUAAGCAUGAUACCAAGUUACUCAUUUUAGCGCUGGAAAAAUUGAAAGAAACAUUUACUGUUAAAAAUAGACUUAAUCAAUCCCAGAGGGAAGAGCUAGGGUUCAUAGAACAGGCGUAUGAUAACCCAUACGAAACUUUAUCUAGGAUAAAAAGGCACCUACUUACCCAGAGAGCAUUCAAAGAAAUAUCCAUCUCGUUCCUUGACCUCUACACACACUUAGUACCUGUGUACGAAGUUGACCCUCUAGAAAAAAUUACAGACGCUUACUUAGACCAGUAUCUGUGGUAUGAGGGAGACUUAAGAAAUUUAUUUCCAAAUUGGGUCAAACCAUCCGAUAACGAACCGCAGCCAUUACUAGUGUAUAAAAUGUGCCAGGGGAUAAACAACCUACAUAACAUUUGGGAAACAAAAAACAAUGAAUGCUUGGUAAUGCUACAAACACAGUUUAGUAAAAUAUACGAGAAAAUCGAUUUGACCCUUCUAAACAGAUUGUUACGUUUGAUUGUGGACCACAACAUUGCAGAUUACAUAACCGCAAAGAAUAAUACAAACAUUACCUUUAAAGAUAUGAACCAUAUAAACUCCUUUGGAAUUAUUCGAGGACUACAAUUUUCUUCCUUUGUAUUUCAAUACUAUACCAUUAUUAUUGAUUUACUCAUCCUAGGGUUAACAAGAGCAUAUGACAUUGCUGGUCCUUAUAACGACGUGAACCCUUUUCUGAGCUUUCAGAAUGUACGUGUAGAGACCAGACAUCCGAUCAGACUCUACUGCAGAUAUGUGGACAAAAUUUGGAUCCUUUUCAAAUUUUCAAAUGAAGAAUCUAAAGAUUUGAUUCAAAAAUUUUUAACAGAAAAUCCUGACCCAAAUAAUGAAAACAUCGUUGGCUAUAAUAACAAGACCUGUUGGCCAAGGGAUUGUCGAAUGAGAAAAAUGAAACAUGAUGUUAACCUAGGCAGAGCAACGUUUUGGGAAAUCCAAAAUAGAAUCCCCAGAUCAUUAACUUCUUUAGAUUGGGAUCAUCAUAACACCUUCGUCAGUGUCUAUUCGAAGGACAACCCUAAUUUACUCUUCACCAUCGCAGGAUUUGAAGUCCGUAUUUUGCCCAAAAUAAGGCAACUUUCCUACGGCAUUAAUAUGUAUACUACGUAUAUAAAUGAGUAUGGAAAGAAGGACCCAAAUAAUAAAGACGCCGCUUCCACCAUAAAUGCGGAUCAAGCAGGAGGGGGAGAGAAAAACGUGGUCAUAUCAUCCAGCGAAAAGGAAGGUACGUGGAAAUUGCAAAAUGAAGUUACAAAAGAAAUCACUGCAGAGGCAUACUUAAAAGUGUCCGAAAAUAGUAUGAAACGAUUUGAAAAUCGAGUCAGGCAAAUUUUAAUGUCUUCUGGUAGUACCACCUUUACCAAAAUUGCAAACAAAUGGAACACCACCCUCAUCGGAUUGAUGACCUACUUCAGAGAGGCCGUCUUAGACACAGAAGAGUUGUUAGACUUGCUUGUAAAAUGUGAAAAUAAAAUUCAAACUCGUAUUAAGAUAGGUCUAAAUUCGAAAAUGCCUUCUCGUUUUCCACCCGUUGUAUUCUACACCCCUAAGGAAUUGGGUGGCCUGGGUAUGCUCUCCAUGGGACAUAUAUUAAUCCCAGAAUCCGAUCUACGUUAUAUGAAGCAAACAGACUGUGGAAAAAUUACCCAUUUUAGAGCCGGGCUCUCUCACGAAGAAGAUCAGCUAAUCCCCAACCUAUACAGAUACAUCUCCACCUGGGAAAGUGAAUUUCUAGAGAGCCAAAGGGUAUGGUGUGAAUACGCACUAAAAAGAAAUGAAUGUCACAAUCAAAAUAAGAAAAUUACUUUAGAAGAUUUGGAAGAUUCCUGGGACAAAGGUAUCCCCAGAAUUAACACCCUGUUUCAGAAAGACAGACACACCUUAGCAUACGAUAAGGGAUGGAGAAUAAGGCAACUCUUCAAGCAGUAUCAAAUUAUUAAGAGUAACCCGUUCUGGUGGACCAACCAGAGACAUGAUGGAAAGCUGUGGAAUCUGAACAACUAUCGAACGGACAUGAUUCAAGCCUUGGGAGGUGUUGAAGGGAUAUUAGAACAUACGCUAUUUAAAGGUACCUUUUUUCCCACAUGGGAAGGUCUAUUUUGGGAGAAAGCCAGUGGGUUUGAAGAAUCUAUGAAGUAUAAAAAGUUAACCAAUGCGCAGAGAAGUGGAUUGAAUCAAAUUCCAAACAGAAGAUUUACUCUGUGGUGGUCCCCAACAAUAAAUCGUGCUAAUGUGUACGUAGGGUUCCAAGUGCAGUUAGACCUAACAGGUAUAUUCAUGCAUGGAAAAAUUCCCACACUGAAAAUAUCCCUCAUCCAAAUAUUCAGAGCACAUCUGUGGCAAAAGAUUCACGAGUCGUUAGUGAUGGAUAUAUGUCAAGUGUUUGAUUUGAAUUCGGAUCUGCUAGAAAUAGAAACGGUACAGAAGGAGACCAUCCACCCCAGGAAGUCUUAUAAAAUGAAUAGCUCUUGUGCAGAUAUUCUCCUCUUUGCCAAUUACAAAUGGGGUAUUUCCAAGCCAUCUCUACUCUCAGACGAAGAUAAUAUUUUCUUAAACAAUUUAGAAAUUAAAUCCAACAGCUCGAUAGCCCUGGGAUCCUAUCCUUACACAUCUAAUCAGUACUGGAUUGACAUUCAGCUCCGAUGGGGAGAUUUCGAUUCACAUGACAUUGAGAGAUACAGCAGAGCAAAGUUCUUAGAUUACACCACAGACAAUUUAUCCAUAUACCCUUGCCUCACAGGGGUCCUAAUAGGGGUCGACUUGGCAUACAACCUAUACUCUGCUUAUGGAAAUUGGUUUAACAAUCUCAAACCAUUGAUGCAAAAGGCGCUGCAAAAAAUUAUUCAGUCGAACCCAUCGCUAUACGUGCUGAGGGAAAGAAUCAGAAAAGGACUUCAACUAUACUCCUCUGAACCCACAGAACCGUACCUAAAUACUCAAAACUAUAAUGAGCUUUUCUCUUCGCAGACCAUCUGGUUUGUGGAUGACACCAACGUUUACCGAGUUACCAUCCAUAAGACCUUUGAAGGAAAUCUUACCACCAAACCCAUUAAUGGCGCCAUCUUCAUUCUGAACCCUAAAACAGGACAGCUCUUUUUAAAAAUUAUCCACACGUCUGUAUGGAUUGGACAAAAGCGUUUAUCUCAGCUAGCCAAAUGGAAAACAGCAGAAGAAGUGGCAUCCCUAAUUAGGUCUCUUCCUAUAGAAGAACAACCAAAACAAAUUAUCGUAACCAGAAAAGGAAUGCUAGAUCCGUUGGAAGUGCACUUACUAGAUUUCCCUAAUAUUAUAAUCAAAGGAACUGAAUUGAAUCUCCCAUUUCAAGCCUUACUGAAACUGAACAAAAUAGGAGACCUCAUCUUAAAGGCAACCCAGCCACAGAUGCUCUUAUUCAAUUUGUAUGAUGAUUGGCUAAACACAAUUUCGUCCUUCACCGCAUUUAGUAGGCUAAUACUCAUACUGAGAAGUUUACACAUAAACCCGCAGCAAACAAAAAUCCUCUUACAACCGAAUAAAAACAUUGUAACACAGCCACAUCAUAUCUGGCCCUCCUUCAAUAAUAACCAGUGGAUUAAUUUAGAAGUCCAAUUGAAAGAUCUAAUUCUUAAUGACUAUGCGAAGAGGAACAAUGUACAUAUCGCUUCACUAACUCAGAACGAAAUCAGGGACAUCCUGUUAGGUAUGGAAAUAACACCCCCAUCUAUACAGAGGCAGCAAAUUGCAGAACUAGAAAAGAACAAUUUGGAUAAUAUAGAGCAACAAAUGAAGGUUACAACAUCCAAGACGACCACGAAGCAUGGAACUGAAAUGAUCGUCUCAACAUUGUCCCCUCAUGAACAGCAAACAUUCACCACAAAGACGGAUUGGAAAAUACGAUACCUUGCAAAUAACUCCCUACUCUUUAGAACCAAAAAUAUUUAUGUCAAUAACAGUGCCUUAAAGAGUGUAACUCAGGAAGGAGGUAACAGCGGUAUGAAUACCAUCAGCUCCAUUAACGAUUAUACUUACGUUAUUGCAAAAAAUUUAUUGGAAAAAUUCAUUUGCAUUUCCGAUUUGAAAAUACAAAUUGGGGGAUUCUUAUAUGGUUCUUCCCCACCUGACAACUCCUAUGUAAAGGAGAUCAAAUGCAUUCUGAUCCCCCCCCAAAUUGGCAACUACCAAUCUGUUACCCUUUCAAAUUAUUUACCCUCGAGUAAAUAUUUGGACAAUAUGGAACUACUCGGUUGGAUUCACACCCAGACCACCAACUGCUCUAACACCUCUAACCACUUAACCACAUACGACAUGGUUGCACAUUUGUCAUUUCUACAAGAGUGUAAAGCCAGGAAGAAGAAAAAAACAGAUGGAGACUACUCGGAUGAGGAAGUCACAAAUGAAGAUAAUGCAAAUGAUGACAGUGGAGAGUUUUCCAAAGUAUGGGACAAAAACAAAACUAUAAUUCUUACUUGUUCAUUUACUCCAGGUAGCUGUACCAUCAAUGCUUACAAACUAACUGAUGAUGGGUAUGCCUUUGCCAAGAGCAAACAAAAUUCAGCUGAUCUGUAUGCCUACCCAAAUGCCAAUAAUCUGUAUGAACAAGUCCAGAUACUUCUAUCCAAUGUCUUUGUUGGUUUCUUUUUAAUCCCCGAUGAUAAUAUAUGGAACUACAAUUUGAUGGGUAUCAAAUUUAACAAUAAUCAAAAAUACUCCGCUCUGUUGGACAUCCCGCAACCCUUUUACUCCGAUAUACACAGGCCAAACCAUUUCCUGCAGUUUUCCCUGCUUGACCAAAAUGACGGGGAUGAAGCCGACGUAGAGACGUCCUUCAUUUGA